AAAUAUCAUUGUAAAACCAGUAGAUCCCUUCACUCGAAAUCUAAAAUAAUAAUUGAAUGUAGGUAAACAUGGACACAAUAUUAAUUUGACAUGUAAAAUAUAUAUUAUUAUUUUAGGUUUAGGGGGUCAGGUAUGCCCCACCCACCGUAUCACUGUCACACACUCACACCUACUCGUAUAUUAUUUAUUGAACAAUUAACGGCUUCAAAAUCAUUAGAUUGAUUUUAUUUCAUUUUUACAAGGACAAUUUGGCACCUACCUGUCUGGCUAUCUACUAUACACCGGUGUCGAAUAAAUAAUUUUAAAUUUUUGCAGUGGCCUGCACUUUUUAUGUAUGUCGUAUUAGUAAUAUAGGUAAUAUGUGAAUCCUGUGACCUACAGUAAAUAACUGCUGAAAUAGGCAUUAUAUCAUAUUAGGCAGGUAAACAAAUGUUUCAGUAUUUGGGUGUGUACAUCGCAUGACGUAUAUUAUUAUUACAGACUACAGUUAUGAAACAAUAUUAUUAUUGUAACACAUUUUUUGUACAUUAUGACGCAUAGACUCUGUUUACACAACGACCUUCGGACGUGUCUCUCUGUAAAGGCCUAAAGUAAAGAGUAUAUACAUUUUUAUACCUUUUUCGUUCACCACCCGACACCCCGUCACCGCAAAUGCGCGCUCCUUGCUCUAUCGUAAAUAUUUCGCGAAUAAAACUCUCUCGCACUUUCUCUCUCUCUCUCACGCGUGCACACCCGCUCUCCCAUGUUUCCGACUCGGUCUCUCCCCUUGGACCCACCACACGCCCCACCAACACCGCCUUUGUCGCUGUCCGCGUCUUUCUCACUCAAUCAUCGCUGCCUUGUAUAUACUAAUCUAUGGCUGCCUUUUACACAGUACACGCGCCGACGCCCGCGCCUUACCCACUCCGUGACCCAUCAACUAUUAGACGAUAAACGCGUCCGAGGGUUUUUUUUUAAUAUUAUUAUAUUUUCACUAUCAACAUUAUUUGAUUUGUCAAAAUUGUAAAAACCAUCGAUCGCGUUUCAUUGUCGAAAACGUAAAACAAUAAUAAUAGCAUUGUUGGCGUUUCGUGCGGGCACGCAAAUGAAUCGAACAAUAAGAGCGCCGCCGCCGCUAAGUACAGCUACAAAAACAGCAGGAACGCCAGCUACAGCCAACAGCGGCAUCAGUGGCAAUAGCUGUCGUGGUAGUACUCGCGGUAGACAGUAGUUGGACCAACGUCAGCGCACCAGUCGGUCCGUCGUCGUCCGGUUUGCGCUUCACGUCCACACGUCCGCCACCGCAAUCUCAGAUAACGCACGACGGCGACGCCGUUCACCGCUAUCGGCAUCUACUCUACAGUGUGGUGCAUGCUAUUGCGCUGCUCAAUCGCAAUCCGUUUCAGACGCUAGUCGCUACUACUGCUGCUGUGGCGUGCUAUCGUGCUCGUCGUUCGCCUACUCGGUCGUGUGUCGAUACAGUACCACGUAAAAUUUCAAGUUUCGUGACCACUGCUAUAAUAUUGCUCGCGACUAAGUUUACGAUGUGAGUUUCUUGGUCCGCACAACGGCUACUCGGGCAACGUCGUCGUCGUCACAAUGCCUUGAAAUCUAGUAUGGAAAUCCUCAAGGUGAAUUCCAAAUAUAAAGUGAAUAAUUUGACCCAUCAAUAUGGAACCAGUUGUGGAAGAAGUAAGAGACAUUACCAUUCGAAAAGUAACACGAUGGUGUUGUUCAACAAUCAUGGUAUUUGGAGGAGUAGUUCCAUACAUUCCACAAUAUCGAGAAAUAUACAUCAAACAAGAUGCGGAAGGCUUCUCAAUGUAUGUAUGCCUUGCACUUUUAGUUGCGAACACUUUGAGAAUAUUAUUUUGGUUUGGUAAACGUUAUGAGCUUCCAUUACUAUUCCAAAGUAUUGUUAUGAAUAUUAUGAUGUUACUUAUGAUACACUUGUGUGUAAAAGUUCGCAACAAAACACAGUUAAUCAGAGGACCAGACAGAUAUUUUACUGAUUUUGACUGGCAUUACUUUUGGCAAUGGACAGACUUUCAAUCUUAUAUAGAUUUUUUAAUCGCUAUGAGUAUUUGUCUUUCCAUUAUAACAUUCAUAUUUCUGCAUAAUGUUAUAUUCAUUGAAAUAAUCGGAUUUCUUGCUCUCCUAACUGAAGCCAUGUUGGGUGUUCCUCAACUAGUCAAAAACUUAAGAAAUCGUUCUACGGAAGGAAUGAGUGUUACAAUGGUGUUACUUUGGACAACUGGAGAUGCAUUUAAGACAUGUUACUUUGUAAGUCGAAAAGCGCCUCUACAAUUCUGGAUGUGUGGUACACUUCAGGUUAUGAUAGAUCUGACAAUACUUGGUCAAGUAGUCUGGUACCGUAAUGAACCACCCUAUAAAAUUCCUCGAAUAGACUGAUGUGUAAAUUAAAUAUCUCGAUAUAAUAUUUUUUAAAUUGUCCAAGCUAAGAUUGUUAUUAUCAUUGUUAGAUCUUCUAAUCUCAAAUUAGACGUUGAUUGUAGUUUGUUAAUGUUUGUUUAUUUAGUGAAUUUUAUUUAUUUAUUUAUUUAAUUUUACUGUAUCAGUUAGUUGAUCAUCAAUAUUUUAUUAAACUUUAUUAAAUGCAUCAAUCUCCAUCAAUUGUAUUUGCUAUAGACUGUUAAAAAUAAGAAUAUAUUAUUAAAAAUAUUUGUAUGAUUCGAUUUUAUGAGAAUUUCUCAACCAAUAAUUUGUUGCACAAAUGUAAUUGAAACAACAUAUAUAUCACCACAUGUUAUUUUAUAGAUUUUAGAGCAUGUACCUUCAAAAUAGUUAUUGUUAAAUAGACAGAAAUUUGUAUUGUGCCUACACUGAGUAAACUAGAGACUAGAUCAAUAUAUAUUUUGUUGUGUUUAGGGCCCAUUACUCGGUCACAUUCUUGACUUUACUACCCUAUAAAAUAUUAGUAUAUCAAUUUAUUAGUUACUGUAAAUAAUUUGUUGAUACUUUAUAUUGUUUCUAUGUUAUUAUUUACUUCCUUAUAUUAUAUGAUAUAUAAUUGUUAAAACAAAAAAAAAAUAACAAAUGACAGAUUUUUUCAAUUGUACUUCUCCGUCUUUGAAUAAUCUUUUUGUAUAAAAAUAAUUAGUCAUACUCUGUACUCAGCAUCUUUUUAUAUAGUCUUCCAAGUGCACAAAUAAAUUGUAAUAUUUUAAAUAACUAUUUAACUAUAUUUGCAUUUAAUUUUAAUAACAUUGAUUUGAACAUAGAUUUCAAUAAAAAAUAUUCAUAUAACAUUUACUUAAUUCCAAUAUUCUUACAUUAUACAACUUAAAUUUGUAUUAUACCUACUUAGGUAAUAAUAUUAAAUAUAAAAAAAAAUCCAAAAAAUAUUUUUAUUUUAUUAAUAACUGGUUUAAAAGCAACGAAAGUUACAAUAUUUGGUUGGACAUUUAUUUUUAACAUCAUUCUAUGACUUUUGUAAAAAAUAAAAAAUAAAAUAGGAAUAAUAAUUGAAAAGUAAUAAUUUUAUGUAGACAUUUUGCAAAUUAAAUUUAUUGUAUUUGGUAAAUUUAUUCAAAUAUUAUUAAUAUUAGUGUUCAUAUAACUUAAUAAUAUUUUAACUUGUAAGGCGGAGAAGUAUUUGAACAAAGUUAAUCAUUAAUAUAAUAAUUAAUAAUAUAAAAUAUGAGAGAAUAUUAAAUAUUUAUGCAUUUAUAAUUUAUAUAUUAAUGAUUAAUUGUAAUUAAUAAGUAUUUGUUUAUUACAAUUUAAAAUUUGUGAAACUAAUAAUAUUAUAAAUUAUAAUCUUAAUUAAAUAGUUGAGAUGUUGGUGCCUGUAUUUUAAGUUACUGAGCUAUUUUUAAAAUACCUAUAUUUACUAUAUAGAAUACCUAUAAUGUCAAACAUUUGUGAUAGCUUUCGAGUCAUUAUUAAUAUUUAAACCUUAAAUGUUUUUUGUUUAGUAAUGGGUAUAAAUAUUUUAUGAAAAUAAUUUGUAUAUGUAGUAUGUAAUUAAUUGCUUAUUAUAUAUCUAAUUGUAAUUAAGUCCAAAAAUGUAUUUAGACAUGUCCUUAUUUCAGAAAUUAUGGCGCUUUAUUGCGUGUUAUAGUAGAUUCACGUUCCUUAUGUUUUUCAUUACAAUAUUGACGCACAAUACUUUUUUCAAUACUUUUGAAAAAAAAACCUCAAUUUUUAAACUAUAACAAUUCUGAAAUUAUGGAUAUCUCUGAAUGCAUUUCUGGUAAUGUCACAAAAUUGAAUUAUUUGUAUAUUUUUUUUUUUUUCAUCAAACGGCUGUGUCGUCUUUUAAAGUAAUAAUAGAUUAUAUUUAUAAAUUAUUAAACAGCCUCCUUUUAUUAUUCAUACAAAAUUGUCCUGUUGAACUUGAUGCUCGAUUAAUUAGAAUUUGUUUUUAUUAAAAAUUACUUUAUUUACUGUUGACUAUACUUUUACACUAUAAUAUGUCACAUUAUUAACUAUUUUUUUUGAAAUCGGCUGAUAUCUGACCACUAAGUCUUCCCUUAUUUUCUCACAUGAUUACUUUCAAACUGCACAUACAUUUUUACAUUUUAUUAUUCUCUCUUGGUCACACAUUAAUUAUGAACUUUUGUUGUAUUUAAUUGUAUGUUUUAUUCAACACUUGAAUAUCAUAUAUUUCACCAUUUAAUUAUUCAACUUCAAAUAUUUUGAAAUAGUAUUUUAAUAUUUAAAUACUACUAUUAUUUAUUUUUUUUUAAAGUUAUUUAAUAAUAAUGCGUUAUUACAAAUCAGUGUCUCAUUGUCCCAAAAGUUUAAAUGAAUCUCAUGCUUCAUUUUCCAAUUUAUAACUAUUCUCAAAAACAUUGUUCCAAUUAUUCGAUUUUAACUUAGCAUAAUGAAGAAUUAGAUGUUAAUGAAAUGUGAAUUGUAAAUUGUAUGUUAUUUAAUUAUUAGUACUAAUGUUAUAUUAUUGUAUUGGAGGCAGUGGCUUCAAACCAAAAAUAAUAAUAUAUAUAUUUUUUUUGUUAUUCUCUGCUUAAUAGAUAAAUUUAUAAUUUUGUAUCUUAAAUGUACUUUUGAUGGUAAUUCAAAUUUCAAACCCAUUAAUUAUUUAAAAUUUUCUAUUGUUUAGGUUUUAAUGGUUUCCUUAUCAAAAUCAUUAAAAUUUAGGUCAAAUUUACUUAUAAUAAUGUGUGUAUAAUUUGCUUCACAAUGCUAUACUGAAUGUGUACAAUAGAAACAUGUUAAGUAGUAUAAUAUUGUGAUUAUAAUUUAAUGGAUAUUUCUCCAGAAAACUAAACUUCAUGACACCAAUAAAUUUUUGUUUAUAAUUAAUUAUAUCAAUUAUAAAAUCAUGUAAAAAUCUGUAUUAAGACUGUCUGUCUUUGGUAUUUGCAACAGCUUACAAUCGCGUUGAAACGAAUUUUUCUAUAAACUAUUGACAUUUGCCCUCAUUUUCAGUAGGUAACAAUAACAACUAACAAGUAACAACAAUAUGAAUAAUAACAAAAUCCGUCCUAUUCUGAUUCAUGUAUAACUGAUAUUUUCAACAAUAUCCGCCAGGUCACCAUUGACAGGCACUUUAAACCAUAUUAUUACGUUUUGACUUUUGAGUUUUAGCAUAACAUUCUGCGAGAAGUAUCUAAUUCAGCUCGUCAUUUUUAUUACGUAGGUAACCAUAUAUGUAUAUAUUAUUCCGUAUACUGUAGUAAUUCAAUUAAUGCUGUGGUCCAUCUCGCUUUUGAGUCCCUGUUAGAAACCUCUGGUAUCUUUUUUUUUAGUAGUUUGAUAAGUUGUGGUAACUUGAGUUUCUAUGCCAUUACCUAUGCGCUAUUUACGAGACACGUCUUGUGUGUUAGGUAUAUAAUAAGUAUAUACUAAGGUACCUACCCCCGCGAUGGAAAAGCAGUAAGCACACGCUCGUUACAGCAAACCUAAUGACAUUAGGUUAAUGUCCUAAUGCAUCAAUACAUCAUGUAUAACCAUAUACAUUAGAUUUCCCUUCUCGGCAUCAGUUUCAUGUGUGUUUAUACGUGUUUACUGCAGUAUAAUGUCCCGCUCCCCUCGCACUGCCAUCCACCCCUAUCGUCAUCCCAUUUUCGGAGCGUUCAAAUAUUACUAUACAAUUUCGCACGGUCGUCGUGCUCAGAGUAAUAAAAGUAUAUUGACAUAAUAUUUCGUUUCAAAUUAUUAUUUAUCAGUAUAAGUUUUUUGAUCGGUAGUGUUUGCGUUUGUGUGUUGUGUGCACAGCAUAUUGAUUCUGCCCGCAUUGACGUCGUAUGUGUUCCAACACUUAUGUAAACAUAAUAAUAUAUUAUAUUAAAACAUUAUGAGUUAUUAUGAUGUAGGUAGUUUUUACGGAAAUUUUCGUUCGAUAGUUGAGCAUUACCGUUCUACGUGUUCUCGCGGCAACCGCACAACCACACUCCCCCCCCCCCCCCCCACUAAAAACCCCAACUCAUAGUGCGUUAAGAGCGACUAAUCUCACUAUAGUCACGAAACUAUGAUUAAUAUAAUAUGUACCUAAUGAUAAUUGUAGGUAUAUAGCAAUGUCCAGCUCUUGUUUAAAAAAAAAACUCGUACCUAUAAUACUGCACACGCUGAUGUCAAGCUCAAAAUUUGCGUAGGUGUAAAAAGUUGUAAAAAAAAAAUAAUCAAACAUUUGAACGCAUUACAUGAGCUGCAUCGUUUUUAAAACUCGUACCUACAAUUAUAUACAUUUGCAUUUUCGUACUGCACAUAAUAUUAUAUUAUUUGUCGUACUGCACAUUAAAAUAGGGGCUGGUCCGAUUUCAUAUCAUGUGAAACACCCAAGUACAAAAAUGUGCGAGAACACGCACGCACGUCUAAUGCUGCAAUAUAUUUUUAUUUAGAAACCGUCCACUCUUUUUUUUGGAGACCUUAUUACUUACUACCCCCCUCACACCACACACACACACUUAUAUAUUAUAUAUAACGUGUAGCGGGCCACAGAUAAAUUUGUAAAACGUUUACACAAAUAGUAGGUAUGCGUGUGUGUUUGUUAGUAGAAACUCCCUAGUUAUAAGAAAUAUUCUAUAACCGCCUGUAUAUAUUAUUUGGUCGUUAUUAUUAUGUUUUGUUUUAGGUAUAUAGUUUUAACAAUAUAUUUUGUUUAUAUUUCUGUAUUCGAGUGUUCACAACGACCGUAUUAUAAUAUUAUAUAUCUUUAAUAGUCAUGUACUCAUGUGUACAAUUAUAUACAUGUCCACUUUUACGGUCAAUUCGUGCACGUGUGAUGACUGAAGCUUAAACUUUUAAAUAUCAUCACCAUCAUCAUUUACUCCUCAAUCCCAUCACUACACAUAGGUAUACCGUAUUACGCACAGGUAAUACUAAUAUCUACCAAUUCUAAUUUAACGUUUUUAUAUUAUAUUGUGCUUGGAAUCUGUUGACGCGUCGCUUUUUUUUCUAAUCGAUAUAAUUAUGUAUAGACUUGUCCCCGUAGAAGGGGACGUAGCUCGCUUGAUAAAUCGGUAGUUUUUCAUUCGCGUUUUUUUUCCUACUCCGUUGAAUACGUCGUCUACUCGCUUGGACUUUUGCGGUUGAUGAACGAUACCGAUCACGCCGUCGCGCCCGUGAUGAUGACCGAUUUAGUUCUAUUCGUGUCUACCGGACAUCGCCCGUUCGUUCUCAGUGUAUGAAGCGGUGUAACGCGGUCGCGUGUCGAUGAGUACCUAUAAUGACAAUGGUGUUGUAUGAAAAAUUUAAAUCAGAGAGAUAGGAAUUGUCCAUCCGCUUGUACGAUAAUAUUGUGUAAUAAAUAAUAAUGAUAUAUGUAUUGUCCACCACACCAGUUAACUGCUGCAACUGCUUGAUUAUAUACCUACCUACCGAAUAGAUCUCGAUAAUAAUAUAUUAAUAUAGGUAUCCCAUAGUUUUGUACACGCACAUACAUAUAUAUGCAUAUUAAUGAAUAUAUAUUAUUAUUACGUCAUAUUAUUGUGUUAGUUGACACGUUUUUGUAUUGUAUUACGAUGUACCUACCUACACUAAUAUUGUUUAUUGUUCUGUUUAUUGUUAGUAUUACAUGUGUAUUGACUAUAUACCGUUUAGUAUGUGUUAUUAAAAAAAACUGAAAUUUUAUUUUUAUUUCAAUAAAAUUGUCGUUAUUACACCGCUAAU